CCCCCCACCCCAACUCCACGGGCAGCGGUGAUGGCCGAGCCCAGUCUGGCGGUGCGAAGGAAGAGCCGCCCCGGCUCUGUCAGCAAGCGGAGCCGGGCCCCGGUGCAGCCUAGCGCCGUCUGCUCGCCGGUGGCUCGCAAGAGAAUGAGCUCCGGUGGCGAGGGACCCCCGGCAGAGACCCCGUGUAGUAAUGAGAGUGAAGAAGAUAUGUUUGGUGACCAUGACAGCUUUUAUGGAAAUGAUUCUUUGCUAGCUGAAGUUGAUGAUAUAGAGAAGAAAUACCUGCAGGAUAAAAAUACAAAUAUUAAAGUAGCUGGAGAAAUCAUAAUUGGGAAUCAGUCAGGAAUUCACCAGAAAAAACAAGAUAAUUUUUCUAAUUCAGAAAAUAUGGUUGUUCUUAAAGCUGACAAAGAGGAUGCUUUCCAAAUGAAUGAAAAUGAUCUGGUGGACAGCAAUCAAGAACUGACUGAAUCUAUUUUAGAUGACUUGCCAUCAUCACAACUUUUGUGUUUUGAGAAAACGGAUGAACUUUCUUCUGGUUCUAGAAUAUCUCCAGUCUCAGAAAGGAGGAAUAAAUGUGUGAAUUUUUCCUUGGACAAAAUCAGGAGUCCAUCUUUUUGUCCUGAUACUGAACACAGGAACAGACCUACUGACUUUUCCUCAGAGUCUAAGUGUGAUUUAUUUAAAACUGAGAGUCUUAAAGAUCAUCUGAAAAGUGCUAUGACUGGAAAUGCUAAAGCCCAGACUCUGCAGGUUUCUAAGACCAAGCAGCUUAAAGAAGCUGUUUUAUCUGAAGAGAUUUGUGUUGCUAGGAAAACUAUUGAAUCUUCUUCUGUUGAUAUAGGCCCUUUUUAUGGAUUACCUAGCAAAGUUAGAGAUCUAUUCAGUCAAUUUCGAGGGAUUGAAAUGCUUUAUGAAUGGCAGCAUGAUUGCUUAAUGUUAGAAUCUCUACAGCAAAGGAAGAAUUUAAUAUACUCAUUGCCAACCAGUGGUGGGAAAACACUUGUAGCUGAAAUAAUAAUUCUCCAGGAAUUACUCUGCAGGCAGAAAGAUGUUCUGAUGAUCCUGCCAUAUGUUGCCAUUGUUCAAGAAAAGGUUAGGGGUUUAUCGAGUUUUGGGAUAGAAUUGGGUUUCCUGGUUGAAGAAUAUGCAGGAAGUAAAGGAAGAUUUCCACCAGUCAAGAGGAGAAUAAAAAAGUCUCUUUAUAUUGCUACUAUAGAAAAAGGACAUGCUCUAGUGAAUUCUUUAAUUGAAACAGAAAGAAUUGAUGACCUUGGUCUGGUUGUAGUGGAUGAGUUGCAUAUGCUUGGUGAAGGAAGUCGUGGAGCAACACUGGAAAUUACUCUUGCAAAAAUUCUUUAUACUAGUAAAAAUACUCAAAUCAUUGGAAUGAGUGCAACUUUAAAUAAUGUUGGAGACCUGCAGAAGUUCCUACAAGCGGAGUACUAUACUAAUAAUUUUAGACCGGUAGAAUUAAAGGAAUACGUGAAGAUACGAGACAGCAUUUAUGCAGUUGACAGCAAAACAGAAAAUGGCUUUACUUUUUCACGUCUCCUUAAUUUCAAGUAUUCUAGUAAUCUGGAGAAGGCAGAUCCUGACCACAUCAUUGCACUGGUUACUGAAGUUAUUCCUAAAUAUUCCUGCCUAAUCUUUUGUCCCACUAAAAAGAACUGUGAAAAUGUGGCUUCAAUGUUAUGCAAGUACCUCAAAAAAGAAUUCAGAGCUCACAGGGACAAAGAGAAACAAGAUCUCAUCAAGAACCUAGAGAAUAUUGGAAAUGGAAGUGUCUGUCCUAUUCUGAAGCAAACAAUCCCUUUUGGUAUUGCCUAUCACCAUAGUGGCCUUACAAAUGAUGAAAGAAAAAGUAUAGAGGAAGCAUAUUCUACAGGUGUCCUGUGUCUGCUUGCUUGCACAGCUACUUUAGCUGCUGGAGUCAACCUGCCAGCUAGAAGGGUUAUUCUCAGAGCUCCUUAUGUUGCUAAUGACUUCCUGAAGAAGAACCAGUAUAAACAAAUGAUUGGCAGAGCUGGUCGAGCUGGUAUUGAUAGUGCUGGAGAAAGUAUUCUCAUAGUGCAAGAAAAAGACAAACACUUGGUUCAGGAUUUAGUUAACAGUCCUUUGGAGAACUGUUACAGCAGUCUUCUGCUGGAGUUGACCAAGGGAAUGCAGAGCCUGUUGUUAUCUUUGGUUGGGCUGAAGAUAGCAGUUACCCAUGAGGAAGUCAACAAUUUUAUGUGCAGUACAUUGCUGGGUAUUCAGCAGCAGCUGCUGUCUAAAGAGAAGAGCCUCGCAGAGAUAAUUAAAGAUGGGCUAGAAAAUCUAAUAGAAAAAGGACUUCUAAAAGGAAGAAUAUGUGAGAAGGACCACAGUUCCGAAUGUACACUAACAAUCACACCAUUGGGUAAAGCUACAUACAAAGGGUCUAUAGACUUGGCAUACUGCAAUCUUCUUUACAGAGAACUGAAGAAAGGUUUGGAAGGGCUGAUUCUUGAGAGCAAUCUUCAUCUUCUAUAUCUGGCAACUCCAUAUGAUAUGACUUCUAACUGUAGCCCAGAUUGGAUGAUAUACUUGAAACAGUUCAAUCAGCUAAGUGCAGCAGAGCAAAAAGUAGUGGAUAUUGUGGGAGUACCUGAAAGCUUUAUUACAAAAAAGGCUUCUGGUCAAGCCAUCAGAAAGAAUGUGGACAGUGCUGUGGUAAACAGGCUCUACCUGUCUUUUGUCCUUUAUACCCUACUGAAAGAGACCAAUAUAUGGAGUGUUUCAGAGAAAUUUAAUAUGUCCCGAGGAUAUGUACAAAAUCUCCUUAAUUCUGCUGCCUCGUUCGCCUCCUGUGUUCUACAUUUCAGUGAGGAAUUGGAAGAAUUCUGGGUUUAUAAAGCCUUGCUGACAGAACUUACCAAGAAGUUGACAUACUGUGUUAAGACAGAACUCAUCCCUCUGAUGGAGGUAGCAGGGAUUCUAGAGGCACGAGCAAAACAGCUUUAUAAUGCAGGGUACAAAACUUUAGCACACUUGGCUAAUGCAAAUCCAGAAACUCUGGUCAAGAUGAUUGAGCACUUGUCACGACGUCAAGCCAAACAAAUUGUUUCAUCUGCAAAGAUGCUGCUGAGUGAAAAAGCUGAGGCUUUACAAGAAGAAGUUGAAGAACUCUUAAAGGUGCCUACAGAUAUCCCAGGGACCUGCUGACCAACUGUCCUAAAGAAAAAUCAUGAAUCCAAAAACUGGGAUAUUUUUUAAUUUUUAACUUUCCUGUGUAAAGCUGCUGUAAUUAUAAUAAAUAUUUAAUGUCUUUUUUAUACCUCAAUUUUGUGCAAGUUCUGAGUUAAGAAUUUCUUGGAAAGUUGACUUCAUUUGAAGGUUUUGAUUAUGAACUUCUUGAGCAAUGGGCUAGAAUCAAAAGAUAUAAUCUUAAUUCAUUCCUGGUUUUAGACAUAGCCCUAGGAGUGCUUUGGGGACUGGACUAACUGUCUGGUGUGUACUUCUGCCUAGAGCUUAGGGUGAUAGCUGACUUAAAUAAUGCCUUUACAUUGGAUAUUCCCUUUAGGACAUGUAUGUGAGUGAGCUGCUCCAAAAUUCCUACUUGCAGGAAUCUCUGUAUUCUAGGUGUAGCUAAUGGAAGGAGAGAAACAGAGUUGCAAUUCAUAACAAAAGUUGUCCCAGAGUUGUGUAAGAAAUUGUAAAUGAUGCCUAGUUUAAGACUUGUUAAAAGGUGUGAAUAUCAAAUUCAUAUUCAGCCUCUGGCAAUUACCUGAGAGAAUUAUUUCAGGAUGUUCCUGUAGCAGUCUUCCAAACAGAAAGUUUACUUUUUUUUUUUUGAACGUUUUUAAAUUUCUUGCUUAAAUGUGAAGACUAAUAAAGAUGAAGGGUUAAAGAAAUGAGUUUUGAAAGCAAUAUCAAGUUCUGAGACUCCAUGGGCAUGUGUCAGUCACACUAGGUAGGACUUUUAAAGGUAUCUGAACCAGAUUUGCUCCAGCAAAAAGUUAGGCUUCAUGAAAGUAGUUUUGAAGAUGCCUGAAACUUCUUCAGUUGUGAUACAAUAAACUCCUUUUUCAAAGCUGGUAUGUAGUACGUGACAAUGUUAGAGCACUGCGCAUUAAGACAGACUUGAAAGCUCUGACAGACUGCUGGGUUACAUCAUGGCAGCCAGUAUACUGGCACACUUAAAUAUGGCAUUUCUAUGUAAAAUCAGGUGUCCCUUCUCAGUAAAGGAAAAGUAAAAUAAACCUUACUUAAGCUGUCUUUGUUUUUUUAUUCAACUUGGGUUAAUUGUAUUGGGAUUCUAGAGACAAACAGGAAUAUUUUUAAAUCCAGUGGUGUUGCUAGAGGUUGAACACUUGACUGAAAGGGGUUAUGGUGAAAAACUGAUGAAAAGGUUAGUAUUUUAAUGCUCAUUUUGUUGUUGCAUUAGAGAAAUCAUAGGUAGCAAUUUAAUUCUUUAUAAGCCUUCACUUAGCAGAAACGUCUCUGAUAUCAUACUUGUGAUACUUCAUAGUGGCUUACAAAGUUUGGAUAAGUGAAAUAUUGGAGUGCAUUCAGUAUUAAACCACGUCAAGCAUUUAAAAACAGCAGUUUUCAGAGGCAGCAUGAUUCAUUUCCACUGCUAGAUUCAGUGCCUGCAGGGGAAUCUUGUUACUGAUGCUUAAGUGCUUAAGGCAUAAAUGGUUUUGGAAACAUGAGAACAUGUUAAGCUGGCUCUAACAAUAGGGUAUAAUUUGCCCUCAAGUGCAGAAGCAAUAUUUGACAUGACUUGAGGUUAUCCAAGCAUGUCUCUUAAUGCCUUGCCCUUUUAAUUGAGAUAUAUUUUUGAUCAAAUGAUAGAUAAUAAUAAAUUCUCUAUCGGUUUAUUUGCAUUACCUUCAAAAGACACAUGAUGCUCACUCCAGCAUAAAUGUGAGUACAUAUCUAAUCAGUUUAUGUAGCAUGCAUGUAGGAAAAUUUUAGUGAUGCCUGUAAGGCCUAACCAGUUGCUCUAAAGGUUUAUUGGUGCUUGGUGGUGUUCCUCCAAAGUUUGAAACAGUCUUGCGUGGAUUUGGGGGGAAGAAAACAGCAAAUUACUGUAAAAUUAUUCACUCUUAAGUACUGAGUUACUGCAAUAACUGAUGUUAUGGAAAUAAUCCAUUAAUUGCUACAGGAGUAGUUAAUGAGCCAUUAACCUCUGUCACAAUACUUCCCCUGAUAUUUGUACUUGUAUGCUAAUUAAAAAAAGUGUACAUUUUUAUUUUUAUAUUGUGGAGGGGAACAGCAGGAAAAAAUUAUUUCUGGCAGCUGUCUGUUGUUGGGUUGUUAACUGCCCAUCCUCACACUUGUACAUCCUUGUAACAACCAACCACCAAGAUGAGAUGUGUGUUUGGGAAUGAAGUCAGGUAUUCCCUACGUAUGCUGGAGCAAAAGCUUGUUUGAAACAAGUGGAUGGUUUCAGGUCUACAUGAAGCCGGUCUGGAAAGAAAAUAAGGUUGACAUUUGUUAUCUGCUGCUCUGCUUAUACAGGCUGUGCUUUGCCAGAUGGAGGAGUGCAACUCCCCCAAGGCUUUCUCUGUGACCUUUUGUAACAUCAGAAGCAAAAUGCAUGAAACUGCAGUGAUUUGCACUAAAACGUUGCUAUAUGUAGCUUGUCUUAUUUUUCUGAAAUCAAACUUACCAAGCAAGGCAGUACACAUCUUUCACAUUGCUUUUUUUCUUUCUACAAUAUGUAUUAAUGUAUGAUUAAAUGCUUUUCACAGAAAGCUUUUUUUACCUGGGCUUUCCCAUGGGUGGAGAUGGGAGAGGGAAAAAAAACUAUAAAACAGAUGUUGAUCACUAUUUUUGCACUGGUGGAUGAUGCUGAGGUGCUUCAGUGUCAAGUACAGUACUGGGCUCAUAAAAUGCAGUAUAGCUUGCAGAUGUCAGAAUGGGUAUACAUUGGCUUGGUGAAUGUCUGUUAGGUUGUGCUAUGGGAAAGCUUGUGCUAAGGAUGGGUUCAGGAUGUUUUGGAAGGCAAAGAUUUCUCACUUGCCUCAAUGGGAUGUUUAUAUCCUAAAGCCUGUGUUAAAGGGAAAGAAGCAACAAUGAUUAGCUUAUCUAUGUGAAAUGAUGAUAGAUGCUUCAAAGCUAAGUUAGGUUGUAAAAAUAUUCUCUACAGGAUGUUCCCACAGAUUUCAUCAUAAUGCACAGUAAAUUGGACCAGAGCUAUGGUGUGCGUAUAAGUCUCUUCAGGUUGCAACUAGUGCAGAGUAAGUGUUCUGACCAAAAACCUCGGAGCUUAUUUCUUAGUUGUUAUGCCUAUUCACUCCACUUUCCAACUUGCUUGCAUAGACCAGUUCUUGUGUUUGUGCGAUUCCCUUCCCUCCCUUCUCCCAAGUCCGUAAUUCUGUACUUUCAGGAAUGCCGAUGCAUAACUUACUGAAAACUGUCUCUCUGGAAGGACUGGUAAGAGAGUCAAGCUUAGGUUAAUGUUUAGCUGUUCAUUUUCAUUGUGUGAACGAGACCUAUUGUGUUCCUGUGUUCUGGAAAGCCACUUCCAUGUGAGCUGGUCCUGCCUAGGCAGCUCUCGUUUUGUCCUUCCUUUUAAAGCUUCAUUUCGCCUCUUUCAGCAUGGUGGUCCAGCACUGAGUAUCAGUGUAAUGAGAGCCAAAUAUUAUCACUUAAAGCUUUAUUUUGGUUAGAAAGGAGGCUGAGUGAUUUUGCAGUGCUCUGUUUGGUGUGCUGGAGCUCAGUAGCUCCCAUGGUACCUGAAUUUGUCAGCUGCAGUCUCAGUGGAAACAAAGUCUUCUAGCAGUAUCUGUAAAGCUGUGUGCACUUUAAAGAGAGCUGCUAAAAACUAGACCCAAAGUGUCAUUUCCAUCUCUGAAUAAACAGAGCGUGUGCCAUCUGAGAGUCUCAUAGCCAGCUGGGUUCAGAAAUAAAACUAGCUGAGAGCUGUGUGCUGUGUCAGGACAAGGGGUGGCUGGGGUUUUGGCGGCAGGGAGUAAGGAUAACUUACAAAAACACCUUGAUAAGCAUCUCUGUUUUUACAGUUUCCAGGCUUUCUUGGCAUCAGCUUAGUCUUAGUGUCAUCUUCCUGAGGCUUCUUAUAUAGAAACAUAGAUCAAGUGCUGCUCUGACACAGGUCAGUUCUGUUCAUCCACCCAAACACUGCUAUGUCACAAGAAUUGUUUGCCUUUUGUACAGACAAGUCUUCCGUUCUGCGUUCCCUUAAUACACCGUUACGGGUUUGUGUGGUGUGGGGUUUUUUGGUAGCAGGGGAAGGGGGCUGCAGUGGUGGCUCCUGUGAGAAGCUGCUAGAAGCUUCCCCGGCUCCAAGUCGGACCUGCCUCUGGCCCAGGCCGACCCAAACAGUGACGGUGGUAGCACCUCUGGGAUAACGCAUUUAAGAAUGGGAACCUGCAGUGAGUAGUGGGACUGGAAUGUGAGAGGAACACCUCUGCAGAUACCGAGGUCAGUGAAGGAGGGGGAUGAGGAG